GCACAGAAUCAAAAAAUGAUUUUUAGGCGUUGUUGGUUGGUUUUCAAGAAGGCUUCCAGUAAAGGACCCAGAAGGCUAGAAAAAUUUCCAGACGAGAAGGCAGCAUAUUUCAGGAACUUCCACAAGGUAACUGAGCUGCACAAUAUCAAAAAUAUAACCAGAUUGCCUCGAGAGACAAAGAAGCAUGCAGUGGCAAUUAUCUUUCAUGAUGAGACAUCAAAGACAUUUGCGUGUGAGUCAGAACUAGAGGCAGAGGAGUGGUGCAAGCAUCUUUGCAUGGAAUGUCUGGGGGCCAGGCUCAAUGAUAUAAGUCUUGGGGAGCCAGAUUUGCUUGCUGCUGGAGUCCAGAGAGAACAAAAUGAACGAUUCAAUGUAUACCUUAUGCCUACACCAAAUUUAGAUAUCUAUGGGGAAUGUACAAUGCAGAUCACACAUGAAAACAUCUAUCUCUGGGACAUCCACAAUGCCAAGGUCAAGCUGGUCAUGUGGCCUCUGAGCUCUUUGAGGAGAUAUGGACGUGACUCAACAUGGUUUACAUUUGAGUCUGGAAGGAUGUGUGACACAGGAGAAGGGCUGUUCACCUUUCAAACACGAGAAGGAGAAAUGAUAUAUCAGAAGGUCCAUUCUGCAACACUGGCAAUAGCUGAGCAGCAUGAAAGAUUAAUGAUGGAAAUGGAGCAGAAGGCAAGGCUCCAGACCAGUCUGUCUGAACCAAUGACUUUAUCCAAGUCGAUCUCACUUCCUCGUAGUGCAUAUUGGCAUCACAUCACCCGGCAGAACAGCGUUGGAGAAAUCUACAGUUUACAAGGUCACAGCCUCGGCUCAGCGAAGGUGUCCCGGGCGCAGACCUUUCCCAGCUACCCGUCGGAGCAGGCCGAGGAGCACCAGCAGCCGCUGUCGCUGGCCAGCAGCUACACCUUCAGCUACGGCUCGGGGCUGGUGCAAUGACAGCCGGGGGCUGCACAUGGACAGCUGAGCCUGGAGCCUCCCGCCAGGGCCGGGGCGCCGCCGGCCCCCUCUGCACCCGCCAUUUGCCGUGAACACUGACGCCGAGCAGCUCCAGCCGGGGCGCCGCCGAUGCGGGACCCUGGAGAGGCGGCUGCCCCGAAGCAGAGGCUAAGUCUUUAUUUAUUUAUUUUGCCGUUCCUUUUGUCGAUAUGUUCAGAAAGGAGGGGGUUGGGGGGUUGGGGGGAGGGAGGAAGGGGGGACACGUCUGUGUUGUAAGAAAGUGGUGGAAACAAAUGAAACUGUGUUGGUUGGUGUGAAGGUUUCUGCAUGACCGGAGAAGGUCCCUUCUGGGGCUCCGCUGCAAUGGCACGUUUGACACUGGGGGCCUUCCUUCCCGCCCCCACCAGCAGGACAGCCUGUCUUCACCCACAACCUCUGUAGAUCCUUGCCACAGCCCGCAAUUCCCGCUGGAGGCACUGAAAUGUCACCUACUCAAGAUGUGGCAUCAGUGCUGUGAGGGUCACCUCCAGACCCGAGCGGGUUCACCCACUGCCCUAGAGGGUGGUUGGGUGUUUUUUGAGCCAGGCAUUCACAAAUACUGGAGCAGCAGGCUGAUAUGUUUUGUUGGGAAUAGGGUUUGGUGCAUGAAGGUAAGGUUAUUGCCUGGUUCAGCUCUAAUCUUAAAUUCCUGGGGCACAAAUUCAUCCCUUACACGUGCAAUUUUCACCAUGCCCCUAAGAGCUGUGAGGUUCCCUAUCAGCAGCACAGUCUAGUCCUCAGAACUGCUGCAAAAUCCUCUUUUUCGCAAAUUAUUUAGGUAGCCAUCCCUGCAAGCCUAACUUUAAAAAGCGGGAAAACUGUUCCUCAAACAAAAAAAGUGGGCACUUGCCCAGCUGGCAACUGCCCGUGCCACAGCUGGGCCAGACAUGGUAGAGCUGAGCUCUGGUCUUGUCUUUCUGGUCAGCGUUACUUUGAUUUUCUGUGUUUCCUUCUCAGAUUUCUGUUCUAGAUGCGCAUUGUAUCUUGUAUGAUCAUGUGUCAAGCAUCUGUUUACUCUCAAAAGGAGGAUGAGUACCUCUCAAUGGAGAUUUUCUGUCUUUGGAAGACGUCUUUAAAAAACGAACUGUAGUAGAUGUUUGUAAUCAGUAAUGAGGAAAUAAGUUGGAAGGCAUACCUGUAGGUGGGGAAUGAAUUUUAUCUAUCCUGAACAUUUAGAUUUUUGUAACUGUUAUCAAAUAUUUAUGUACUUCUUGUGAUGCCCUGAAAUGUUUGAAAUUGUGAGGAGAAAAAUUUGCCCUCUUCUAUGAUCUGAGGAGCCUUGUGUUCUGUUCCCAGUGUGAAACUAUUGCCAUGAUUACCAGAGGAAUUCAGUUCAUUGGUUGUUUCUCAGGACAGGUUGAGGAAAUGUACCAAGGAGGAGACACAUAGACUCUUUUCCAAUGAAACAAUCGGUUUUAUGUACUAUAAUUUAACGGGAAAAGUGCUGUUGGGUUGUUUUAUAUAUGCACAUUAUAUAUAUAUGUAUUAAAAGGUAUGGAAGAAACUUCUGCUUUUGAUUAAACAUUUACUGAUACAGUAUGGUCAGCUUUUCUCCAACCAUUUUCCUGGCUAAGAGACCUUGCAGACUUACAGCUUUCAGUGAACGGCUGCUGAAUAAAAAAGCUUUGCGAUCCACUUCAAUGAAACAGUUCUACCCCACCACAAUCACCUUUAUUUGUUUUUUCUGUUUUUCUUCUUCUCAUUCACUACCUCUUUUCCUUCUCACAGUGCUGCCAUACUCAGGAAUAGAAUGGCUCCCUGCAGAGAGUAUUUUGAUGAGCUGAAAUGAAAAAACUGCUCUCCCACGCUGUCAGGGCACUGUACCUAGGGUGCUCUCAGAGCUGUACCCAUCAAGGAAGAUUCAUUCACACUUUCAUUUAAGAAAAAGAUUCAGUUGACAUUUUGCUUAGGGAAAUUUUCCAAUUUGCAAACUUUAAAUGUGAAAUUUUGUACAAAACGAUGAUGAUGUAAUUCUGUUAUUCAGUGCAGCUUUGCCAAAUAUUUGCCUUUUGGGGAAAUGGUCAAUUAUUUUUAUUCCUUUGCAACUGGGAUUCUUCCACUUGCCCUAAAAUUAAAUAUAUUUUCUUUGAAACUCCUUAAAUUAAGUUUUCUAUGUUCUACAGUUUCAAUGCAGUUUUCAAGUCCAAGUAACUUUCUUCCUCAUGACUUAAAUACCAGUCAUUCUACAUAACCCAAAAGUGGGGAAAAGGCAAAACAGGAGAAUAUGCUUUAUAGUUCCAGUGUCCAUAUACUUUAAUAACCUAUCUAAAUCCUCAACCUAGUACUUCAACUAGAAAUACUUUAACCUAGUACUUCAACUAGUAUUUCUAUAAAAAGCAUAAGAUCUAUAUAAUGUUCUCUUUUUGUUUCCUGGGGAGCAGUUGCUGUCUGUGGCUUUGUCUUCCUAUGCAGUACCUGAGUAUUGUCAAGUUAAUGAAAAUGUAGAUGCUAUUUUCAAAGAAAACACACCAAAAAAGGAGGGAAGAGGGCAUUAGAGCAGUUGUGGCUAUAUAUGGCCAUAUAUAGCAGUUUUACUAAAUAUUUUGCUUUUGUUGCAUAAUGCAACCAUCCUCUCAACUCACAUUUAUAAAAUACCUGUGAGGUCUCAUACAAUACACAGAAAAUUGAACAAAGCUUCAGAACACAACAAAUCUUUAGCAAGUCUGACCUGUUGGGAACCUAUUUCUUGUAGAGACCAAACACAAGCACACUAGGAUUGGAAAAUGAGGAUGCAACUUUACAAUGUACUGUAACACAGUCUAAGACAGCUGGUAACCUGAAGCACAAAAGUAUUCAGAGCCAGUGGAUGCUGCCACUAGUGCCACUCCAGAACAGCAGAUGAUAUCACUGUAACACUGAUGUAUUCACACAGCUUCCACAAAUGUUCCUCAGAAAAGCUCCAUGAGAACCAGGCAGACACUGUCACAGCAGUGUGCCAGAAAAUUCUGUUCUCAUGGAAUUGCUUUAAUUCCUGGCACAUGCCUGUUGAUAACCUAAGUGAUGGCCACUGAGACCACUUUGUACAGCUCCUAGUGCUUCCACCAGAAGGAAAACUCUCUUUUGGAACACGUGGUAGAGCUGCCUGCCUAGAGACUACAGUGGCCUUUAAAUAGACCCAGGGACCCCAUGGGACCCUGUUCCAGUCUCGGCUUUCCUCCUGUGCAAGGCACACAGACUACUCCUGACCCCAGAGCUGCUCUCAGUUUUCAGCUAAUGAGCUGUGAAGGGAUGGAGGGCAGCAAAAUGUCUUCAGUGGUAACCAGGUACAGCUGGUACAAAUGGAACAGCAUUAGUACAUGAUAAAAUAAAGGAAAUAAAAGAAAGCUUCUGCUUUUAUUUCUGUCUCAGAGGAUGUGAUAUGAAAAUAUAAUUGUAACCGUGAUUUACAUUUUUUUUGAAAUCACCCUUUGAUAACAAUAUAUUCACCCCUACAAACCAAUAACACAUGGCAUUACUAAAUAUACUUACUAAUAUAUCUUUACUGUGAAUAUUGUAGAUUGAUGCAUGCUGGUACUUUUGAUUUUCAAGUCACUUGGCGCAGAAAAGGUGAAAUUGAAAGAGACUGCUAAUAAAUCAUCAAAUGAUGCUAAGGAACUUGGAGAGUCCCAUUUUUUAAACAGCCCAUGUCAUUAUUUAUAGUUUAAACUAUCUGUGAGUACACUCCUUUGAAACAAUUUCAUCUGCCCAUGUGAAAGAGAAAGGAGAAUCUCUUGUAGCAGGGACUUUGCUAUUUUACUGAGUAAAUAUUCAGACAUUACUUUUUGUGGCAGAUACAUGGUCACAUGUAUCAAGUUCUGUCUCUGGGAGGCUUUGCUGUUUGUUUUCUUCUUUUUUGGUUCCAGAAGAGCUACAAGUAAAACUUGAAAAUGUAUUUACAAACCAAAGGAGUGUGUCGAGAUAUUGACAAUAGCUGCUCUCUUUUGUUUUGUCAAAAGUCUACUAAGACAUUUCGGUAAAAUACUUCAUUCCACAACACAUGUAUAGAAAUCCUGCUGCAUCCUGGGAUGCAGAAAACUAUAAUCAAGUUUUGUUCUAAGUUAAUAAUACUUUGCUGGAAGAAGGGUUGAAAUUGAGUGUCUGAGGGCAAAAGUGUUUUAAAGUGCUCUCUAUAGCAAUAAUUUAAGUACAAAAUACAGCCUUCAGGCACCCAUUUAUUUAGAAGUUGCUAAAGUGCAGGCAAUCUGUGACGACCCUUACCUGCUUACGGCAAAGAGAAAAAAAGGUCAGUCGUUAAUCAUAUCUAUGUACUGCAUUUAUCAGAAAAGGAAUUAACUUCAUGCUUGCUCAGCUUUCCAGUCUAAAAGGCAAUACUGUGAGGAGUAGGGUUUUUUGAGAUAUUUGAUCUCUAGAACAGACAAAGACCAUCAGCCUGCAGCAUAUAAACCUCUACCCAGACUUAGCUCACCAGCCACAUUGCUAGUUUUCAUCUGGUAACCUAGAAACUGCAGGGUGGUUUUCCAUUAGAAAAUAUAACUGUCUUGAAUGGCUGUGCAUUUUAGCAUGAAAUAUGGGAUUAUUUACAAAAUACUAAAAAGGAAGGAGUAAUGAGUUCCAAUUAAUCUCUGCUUUAGUGUUUAAUAUCAGUGUAUUUUGGCUCUUUUUUAUACCUACUGCAAAGGAGUAAGUGUGGCUUUUAUCCACACGUGGAAUGGAGUGAACAGUGGAAAACGUGUAAAAAGUUGCGCUUUGAUUACGAGAACAGAUCCAAUAGCACUGGAAAAUUUCAUUUUUCCAUACAUCAUUCAAAUACUUGUGACUCUUUCCAAACAUACUUAUUAUGCAACAGGAUAUACUAGAAUUUUACAGUUUUAACCACAGAGAACUGGUCAAAAUGCCUGCCUGUGUUUUGUAAGUAGAAGAUAAUGACUGUGCAACACCACUGUAGUGACACAAUUUUAAAAUCUAAGGGCUGGAUAUAUGAAUUCUGCAGUUAUAAAAUCUUGCUCUACAUGAAGGGUGCAGGGUUCGUUCUUGAUAUUAUAAAUAAAUGCUUGUCACUUUUUAUUUUAGAUAAAAAGGUGAGGUAUAUUGGAAACAAGGAUAAGCUUAUGGUGGAAUGGAAAAAACCUCAAAGAAUAUUGACUCCUUUGUUGUAACAAGAAGUUUAUCUCCCUGUUCAGGUCCUUAAAAGACAGUAAAAGAUGAUGGGUGAAGGUCCUGUGUAUUCAGCAAUUACUUAAAUUACAUUGUGCUUAGAAACGUAAAUAUUAGUAUCUGUUGGCAGAGUGGUGCUGUUGAAGAAAAUGGAAGUUUCACUUUGCAAGGAUUUUUACAAGCUUAUGCAGCUCAAUAGAUUUUUAGACACAAUUAAAACACAUAUGAAAGUAACUGAGGUUUAAGUAUUAUUAAAUAUAAUUAAAGCAUUUGACAAUGUCCAUAUUUUUAUGAAUAUUGCUAGCUGUAAUGGAGACAAUAUUUCCUUUUAAGCUGAAUGCAAACUCAGAAAGAAUAGGUUCUCUAAUAGGAAAAAGUUAAUAUCUUUAAACAUCACAUUUAAAGUCCCAAAGAAUGAAUUUCAUUGGGGUUUUUUGUUGCUUUGAUGCAGAAAUCUUCAUGAAGUUCAACAGAUUUACUACAUUCUCUUACAAUCCUGAGAUUGUCAAGUGCAUUAAUAUAUUUUACAGUAGAUUUUUUCCAGUGAGAAUAUUUGACAUGAAUGAAGUUAAUUUUUAAUCAGCUGACACAUUGUUUUCAGUCUUUUUAAAAAUUGUAUGAUAGCAAGUCAGAAUGGGAUAGAAAAUAGCACAAAAUUAAUUGGCUGGUUUGGCAAUUCCAUACCAAUAAUGAAAAUAAGGGUUUCAGUUAAACAUUUAUUCUCAUCACUGCUCCAGUACUUCAAACAGAAUAAAUGACAUAAAAUAAUUUUUUUCUUGUGGGUGUUAAUUGUCGCAUUUCCUGAGUUUCCAUAGAUGAUCAGCUGUGGCAGGAGAUACCCAGAACUGCUUUUUUGAAAUUGUUCUGAUUUGAGAUGGUUGCAAGGAAAAACAGAAAAUAUAUGAAAAAAAUAGUGUUAUGACCUUACCGAAGAAUGAUACAUGCUAACCUUUUAUUUUUUGAAAAUCACCACUAUAAAAAGGUAGAGACAUUUAUGAAAGGAAGUGAAGAAUGUGGUAAGAAAUCAACAAAAAUAAAACCAGAUUCUGUAAUCUUUAGAAAGAUUAGGAGAAAUUGGCAAACACUUAUGCACACAGCAGUGGGCCAUGUUGAGCACAAAACUCUUCCCCAUGGCAUUCAACUUCUCCUUCAUCAGGAGCUGGAAACAAUGCCGUGUGCUUAGUCUGAUUCACAGCUCUACAUUGCAUUCUUUACAAAGCAUGAUGGGCUCAUUUUCCCUUACCUGGCUGGAAGAACCAAGUACCAAUCUGCCUGACACCCAUUAUGCAAUAUAGAAAAAAACUGUAUUUUGCAUAAUGCACCACCAAUGUUAUCACACAGCUUUGUGGAACUCACUGCAGCCAGGUAUUGUCAAAAGUAUAAUUUUCACAGCUCAUUGAGUUCUGUGUGAUCUGUGUGAUAUCUUCCUUUAUGAUCCGUAAAAAUACAUACAGAGGUGCUCAACCUUUUUUCUUCUAAUUUCAAAAUGUUCUGACAGAGUUCUGUAGGAAGGUUCCUCCCAUUUUAACAUUGUUGGGUAAAUUAUAGACAUUUCAAAGAAAAUAAUAAAUGUCUGCUUAAGACAGUUUUAUUUCAGAGGGAAAAAAAGUAGUAAAAGAUUAAUUUUAAUACAUGCAAAUAUUUCUAACAUACAGUCCUCUUUUCAAAUACACAUAUAGACAUCAGCACGAACAGAGAAAAGUAUUGAAGAAAAAAAAAGAUACUGUGCUUUUGUUUAUAUCUUAGUAUGAUAAGCUAUUGAUCACUUAAAUAAUUUUAUAAAAUGUACUGGUUAAUGCUACAAAUUAAUUAUUAAUGUAACAAUCUAAUUUAAUAAACUGUUAAGACAGGUGUUAAAUAUCCUUUAGAACCACUGAGAUGCUUUUUUUGUAAAAUUACAAAGUUGUCUUUUUAAGUAAGCAUAAGGUUAGAAGAAAUGUGUCAGCCAUGGCUAGUAAUUCAUAUUAAUUAUUUUAUCUAACUAUACAGGCUAAAAAUGUGGAUAGUGUGGAAAUAAUCUUUUGAAAUGUGUGUUAGAUAGCUUUGUACAUUUCCUUUGAUAUUUCUAGCUCAAAUAUUAUAUCCUAAGUUAUAUGUAGGGAUAUGUAAGACUGUAGCACAGAUAGUAAGGUAAAUCUGCAGCUUUAUAAAUCAAGCCUUAUCAGGGCCAAGAAAUCAGUCAGAGCAGUGGCACUGGUCAGGCUUGAGGCAUGGUGGCAGCCUGCCCCAGUGGUAUCUGACACACAGCUGAGGCUAUAUCACAGUUCCUGAGACUCCCCUGAUUUAAAGGAAAUGUAGGCAAACUCAUUACUCAUUUAUCCCAUGGUUAUCCAGAUGCUUGUCUCUCUCAUACUCUUCUCAUAACUCUCAAUGCAUUGUAGUAUUAGAAAAGAGCAACAACAUAAAAAAAGGUAGGGACAAAAGCAGAGACAAGGACCCUCUUGGUAGAAGAGUGUCCUCCCAAGCCCUGCAGACUCUUCUUCAUCCUGAAAAUAUGAGUUGUUCCUGUGCAGGAGCCCAGCUUCAGAAGGCAGGGGAGAGAGCGUGCUGACUUGUCUGAUGCAGGCUGGGAGAGAGCUGGGAAGGGUCUCCCAUUUCCUGAGCGAUUUGGCAGGAAGGAUGCUGGAUGAGCCAGCAUUUCUGGUGGCAGUGAAAAGCCUGCUCCAGUUUAGUGUUUGGAAGAACGCUGUGGGUGUCUGGCCUGGGGGUGGAACCAUUUGCCUGAGAUACCAAAGGAGCAGUGCUCGCCCUGAGCCCACACUUGCCCUGACACCACAGCCCAGCCAGGCACAGCUGUGAAGGGGAGCCUUGUGCUACAGCCCAACAAGGUUCUCCAGGAAUGUGUGUGCUUGGGAAAUGUCUUUUGUGUUGCCUUGCUUACACCUUGAACAAUACAGUCUGAGAGCUUGGCAAACAGCUUCUACUCCUGGGGUCUGAAGCCUAAAAGAACAUUUUAGCACCUAUCUUGUAGACAGACGGGCUGGUUUUGGAAAUAACCUUUAGUGUCAGACUUACAAAGCUGUUCAGAGGAUUAACUCCUAUUAAGCAUCUCAGCUUUGAAGGAAAUUGCACUAGGGAGUACUCACUGAGGCAGAGUUUCACCUUCUGUAAAUAAAUACCAUUGAUUUGGGCUUUCACAGAGCUCUGUAACAGAGCAUAUUUAAAGGAGCAUGGUGCACAUAAGAUUUAAAAGUAAAUUUGAAAAACCAGAGUCCUGGUGCCCUGAUAUCUUUAUGAUUACAAUAAUAAAAAUAAUCAUCCAUUAAAAACAAAACACAAAAAAGCACACAAACAAACAAAACAAAACAAACACCCCUAGAAAUGAAACCAGUAGUGAGAUCAAUCAUCUGAACAAUCCUCUGAAUAUUAAAUCUUUGCUUUUUCUGAAGUAAGGUUUCUUAUUUGGAACUGUCAGGAGUAAGCUAGGAAAUGCUGGUGGCAGCUAUACUUCACCUGUUCUGCCUGCUGUGUUUCCUUGGUCCUCUCCUCCUGUCCCCUAGUCCUGGGAUAAGACCUGGAGCGGAGGCAGGUGGUUGAGUUGCACAGUAUAGUUAGAACUUGCUAUUUCUGACAUUCUCCAAAACAUUUAGGUGCCUAGCAGAGAAGGUGGGUGGGAAUUUAGGUCAGGUGGAGGUCAUAAAGAAGGUUAAUUGCUGAACUACCCUGCCAAAGGAGGGGGUGUCCAGCUUCUUGUGUUCCUUGGUGGGUCCAGCCCUUAGAACAGCCUGUUUCCUGAGUGAAUCACUGUUUUACCCCAAAACUCACAGCCAUGGGAGAGCAGAAGGAGCAGUAUCAUGAACAUAUUACAGUCAAAGUUCUUUAAGGUAAAGGAAUCUGUCUAAAAUGAAUAAAGAAAAUAACAGAUUCUAACUUUCACCUUCUUUCAUAGACUGUGAGUUUCUUUUCGUCCUGUUGAUUCAAACUCUGGUGACUGCCUUUCCUACAUUCAGAAGUCUUUUUCAAAGAGAUGUGAGUUUACACCCUUGAAAGACUUAGUUGUACUAUUGAUCAUUGAAUAUUCUUUUGAACAUUAAAUUUAAACAUUUCCCUUUCUGACCCAAUGAAAAAGAUUAUUUUUACUAUUAUGGAAAAGGUUUUACUUCUCUUUAAUCUCAUAAAUUCAUUUUCAAGUCACACAGAUGAUAGUUACCCUAGAAUACCCUUCAAGGUAUUCAAAACUCAGUUUUUUAAUGACAAGAUAUUUUACUACAUUUAUUUCCUUUCAGCAAAGUUUCUAAGACCUUAAAAAACCCACAGAACUAUUUUACAGUUUAGAUGGUAUGCUGAGCUGGUUGCUAUCCAUGGUUGUGUCAUUUUGCUUCAUUGAUUCUUUUUUCCUCCCUCUUAACUAUUUGAGCUAGUGAUACAGCUUGAAAUAGCACAGUAACUGCUCAACAUAAAAUUUCCAAAUUACAGUUGAUGGAGUUUAUUCAAAAGAAUUUUUUAAAUUCCAAAAGGAAAGGACAAAUCUAUGGGAAAUAUUGAAACUAAGCAGCAAUAAACAAUAGUUUGUUUACACUGGAAAGUCUAUUUACAUAAUCCAAACAACAAAUAUUGCGUCCCAACCUGCCAGACUCAUAAAAUAUUUAAAGAGUUCUAAUAUUGCAUUUCAAAUUGAGAUUUUGGAAGUUUCUCUUUUAUGUAGCUUGCUAGUUUUUAAACCAAUAAGAAUAUUGAUAAGUUUGGGGUUGUUUUCUUUGUGGUUUUAAUUUGUCACUUGUUCAGCUGCUGUUCACUGAUAUUGCUAUGGUACAAAAAUGAAGCUGUUGUUUUGAGAUUGUUUUUUGAAAAAAAAUAACAUAUUGUUCCUAUUAUGCUAUGUGUGAUGUGAUUUUCCCUGUGGAUUAUCCUACUGGUAGAACUAAUAUGUUUACAGAAUUUGAAUUAAAACAGAUUACAUACCUGCAAAGGAGUGCACUAUAGAUUUUGUUUUGUCUUCAAAUCUCAAAAAUAAGCAAUUUUUUUCAAAAAGACAAGCUGAAAGUACCAAGAGAGAAAAGAAAUAAGGGCAGUACCACAAAUAAUCAAAACAAUCUGGUAUUCCAGAUAUUUAACCUCAACCUCUCCCUUUUUUUUACCCUCAGUAAAGCAGGGAUGUAUUCUGAUGGUCUCUAAAAGCAGUAAAACAAUACCAUCUUCUCAGUUUAUGGAUGUUUGUGUCUCUCCAAUUUGUCUCUCCAAACGAAACCUUCUGUGUAAUCAAGUCCAUUACAUUGUUAUUUUUGGAAUUUCAUUAUCAGGGGGACCAUAAGAAAUGACCCAAUGCUACAAGGUUUCAUCUGUAAGGCUGUGCACAACUUAGAAUUAUCUGCUAUGACAUUUGACAACUCAGGAAAUAAACCAACUUGUUAGUAGUACAGUUCUGUGUAUCGUCAUCAAUUUCACAUUCAAGCAUUUGUAUAUCUGAAAACCUUCAGCAAGUGAAAUUUAAAAAAAAAAACAAACAUCCAUGGCAACGUGUCCUUGUUCAGUACAGAAAACCAAAACAAGAUGUUUUUAAUGGUGUAUGACAUUGUAAACAACUUAAGUUGAAAGGACACUUUAGUUUAGGACUUUAGAUUUUUAGCUGAAGUGUAGGAUAACCACAUGAUGCUAUUAUUGCUCAGAUAGUGAAGAGAAGCCUUGUGUCCAUGUUAUUUUCAGAAGAAACUUGGUCCCUAUUUUCCUGUGCACGUGAAGAAAGCUUUCCACUGGAGAAGGCUGUGCAAAAUGUGCUUUUUGCUGUCAGGCUGUGAUGCUCUUCCUAGCCAGCCAAGCAGAACCAGUACCUGAUUUGUAGGCAGGCUCAUGAUGCCUCCACCACUAACCUCUUUCAAAAUAAAACCCCAAACAGUGUAUCCAGCAACAUUUUUACAUAUGCUUCAAGAGAAAGUGGAAUCAGGUAUAGGUGAGCCAGGCACACAGUAUGCUGACAUGAUUAUCAGCUGUCAUGGUAACACCUUCAUUUACUGGGAUUCUGUCCUCGGUAAUUCAGCAGAUUUGUAAAAGGCCAAAAGAUGCAUAGAUCCUAAUUCUCAGGUCUGCCUUCUAGUUCUGUUUGUUUAAGGAUUUAUUUUUUUGUCUGUUUGUUCAAUUUCUGUGUGGUUUCUUUUGUAGGUUUCAGCAGAAUAUAUACGUAUGCACACAUACAACCACAUAUGUAUGUGUAUUGUUUUGUAAAUGUUCUUAGUCAUGCUUUCUUCUGCUUUGCACCAUUUACUCAUAUACCUUCCAUGUUCUCAUUUAUUUUUUGCGCAACUAAACCUUAUAAUAAAUUAUUAAAUAUAACCUGACAGUGA